AUGACGCGCUACAAGGUGGACAUCGUUGAUCCUCGCGAGACUCGCUUUUCUGAACAAGGUCAACUGGAGGAGGUGGGUGCCCGCCACACCUUCUUCAGGUGUGGCGUCCAAAGGUAGACAGACGCGACGCUGACGUCGAUCUCGUCAUCCCGAAGGACAUCGUGGAACGACUACCCUGUCUGCCGCAGGACAUCAACCACCGCCUCAUAAGUCUGUGCUUGCCUCUUCGGGUAGUCACAUUCGCUAUUAUCAUCAGCGUCUACGCUUCCCUCCACAGUAAUCAGCUUCAACGAGGCGAGGAAAUUCUACGAGGACCUGCGUGCCCUCCUGGUGGCGGGGCGGACAAGCGGAUCGCCUUUAAUGACUUCAUUGUCCACGUCGGGGCAGACCAUGCUGCCUGGCGGGAAGUUCUGGUUACCCUCGACAUCGGGGACCGCAACGACAACAGUCUCCUACUUCUGAGAACCUGCGCAAAACACUGUCUCCUCCCCACCAACAACUUAUUCCGCCUCCCGCUGCGGGAAAGGCAACCUGAGUGCACUCACGUCCGCGGCGCUGGCAUCUGA